GGCCUGCCUCAGCUCAACACGGGAGGUAAGCGCGGCUGUUGCUGAAGCUCCUGCUCUCUCUGCUUGGAUUCUACCAACCCUGGUGUCGGACGAGCACCGUCUGGUCACUUUUUGUGACUUAUUCUGGGAUGUUGCUGCCAGACACAGUCGUCUCGUGUUUUUUGUAGUUUUUAUUAAAGCGCUAUUAUUUAACAGCAGCUCCGCCACAAAGACCUCCAGCCUCCUCCUAGCCGACGCUGGCUAACUGACUAGCUUCCUGAGGACGAACGCAUCAUUACGAGUUAAUCUCCGCUGACUCGUUUGGCGUAAGCCGCUUGGUCAUAGCUGUUUAUCUAUAACUCGGUGACCAAAGUGGAUGCUUUCAGUCGCCCACCCAUGACUGCGGCGGAUAGGGCAGCGUUUCGCGACGCGGGGUGUUCGGAACAUUGAUUUUCAGUUAGCCUCGGCGGCGGAGCUUCGGGCUGCUUCGGGGGAUGUUGACGGCGGCGGUAGCAAAACAAGCUAACGUUGGUUGCUUGGUGUGAAGGAGGGGAGGGUAAGAAAGUGAGGGAUCACUUGAAGCUCAUCCGUGAGGAGCUUCAUUUCCUUUAUGUUGGGUUAAAUUCCGGAUUGGAUGUCGCUUGGAGGAUCCCGACAAUUUUCAAACAGAACCGGAGACGGAAUAUACAUCAGAAACAGAUCGAAGGGAUUAUUUUUGUGCUUCUUCAGGUGGAUUUCGGCCUCCUAUUCUGGAUCAUUGGGGGAACAACUUAAGUGUUUUGACACUGACUUAACCUCCUUCUCCCAGUUGGCGACCUCUCCCUCCUCCCGCUGCACCCUCUAAUGCGGAGAUCUUAGUAGCACCGGCAUCCAAAUCCCCCUACGGCGGCCGGACAUGCUGAAGUGUAUCCCCUUGUGGCGCUGCAAUCGCCACGUCGAGUCGGUGGACAAGCGUCACUGCAACCUGCAGACUGUCCCCGAUGAGGUCUUUCGCUACAGCCGCAGCCUGGAGGAACUUCUCCUCGAUGCCAACCAACUCAAAGAGCUACCAAAGCCUUUCUUCAGACUAUUAAACUUACGAAAGCUCGGCUUGAGUGACAAUGUGAUCCAGAGACUCCCUCCUGAGGUGGCCAACUUCAUGCAGCUGGUGGAACUGGACAUCUCCAGAAACGAAAUCCCAGAGAUCCCUGAGAGCAUCAAGUUCUGCCGGGCCUUGGAGAUCGCAGACUUCAGUGGAAACCCGCUCGCCAGAUUGCCGGAUGGCUUCACUCAGCUGCGAGCGCUGGCUCACCUUUCCCUCAACGAUGUGACAUUACAGACGUUACCCAGCGACAUUGGAAAUCUGGCCAACUUGGUGACACUCGAGCUCAGGGAGAACCGGUUGAAGUCUCUGCCUACGUCGCUCUCUUUCCUGGUGAAACUGGAACAGCUGGACCUUGGCAGCAAUGAACUGGAAGUUUUGCCGGACACACUCGGCGCUCUCCCCAACCUGAGGGAGCUGUGGUUGGACCGUAAUCAGUUGUCUUCAUUACCACCUGAACUGGGAAACCUUCGGCGGCUGGUGUGUCUGGACGUCUCUGAGAACCAUCUGGAUGAGCUUCCUUCGGAGCUGAACGGCCUGCUGGCUCUCACCGACUUGCUGCUCACACAGAACCUGCUGGAGGUCGUCCCAGACAGCAUAGGUUGUUUAAAGCAGCUGUCCAUCCUGAAAGUGGACCAGAACCGACUAACUCAGCUGACCGACUCUAUAGGAGAAUGUGAAAACCUCACAGAGCUUGUCCUGACGGAGAAUCAUUUACAGUCACUUCCUCGCUCGCUGGGCAAGCUGAAGAAGCUGACAAACCUGAAUGUAGACCGGAACCGGCUCGGCAGCGUGCCCAAAGAACUCGGCGGCUGCGCCAGCCUCAACGUCCUCUCGCUGAGAGAUAAUCGCCUGAGCAAACUGCCCGCUGAGCUGGCAGACGCCACCGAGCUGCAUGUGCUGGAUGUGGUCGGAAACAGAUUACAAAACUUGCCUUUCGCCUUGACAAACCUCAACCUGAAGGCCAUGUGGCUCACAGAGAAUCAGUCGCAACCGAUGCUCAAGUUCCAGACCGAAGACGACGAGCGGACAGGAGAGAAAGUGUUGACCUGCUAUUUACUCCCUCAGCAGCCAUCGCCAAGCCUCGAGAACCUGCUGCAGAACAGCGUGGACGACAGCUGGACGGACAGCAACCUGAACAGAGUGUCCGUCAUUCAGUUCCAGGAGGAGACUAAAGCUGAGGAAGAGGAAGAUGAUGAAGCUGCAGCAGAGCGCAAGGGCCUCCAGCGCAGAGCCACCCCUCAUCCCAGUGAGCUGAAGGUGAUGAAGAAGGGGAUAGAGGACAGGAGGAAUGAGCCUUACACAACCAGACCCGAUGGAGAAGAUGAGUCACUUGACCCACAGGUGAAACGACUGAGCGACGUUUCAAAUCAGAGCCAUGACUCCCAGGUGUCCAACAGCACUCUGUCGGCCAUGUCCCACGAGGAGAGACACAACCUCUUGGCUCCCUCACAGAGAGGGGAGCUGGUGAACAAUCAGUCCCCCCAGGAGGAGGAAGACCUGGACGAGAUGGAGGUGGAGUACAUUGAGCCAACCGUGCACUUUGCAGAAGAACCAAUUAUCCGGGGUGGAGAUGAGGACGACGACGAAGACGACAGAGAGAACGGCGAGAGGAGCGACGAAGACGACGACAGGCCGGUGAUCCCCCCGGAGAGGCAGCGGCUGAUCAGAAAGGACACGCCGCAUUAUAAGAAGCACUUCAAAAUCAACAAGCUGCCCAAACCCGAGGCUGUGGCCGCGCUGCUGCAGGGCUUCAAUCCCGAAGGGCUCAACUCCCCGACACAGGCUGCAGAGGACGAGCCGGACGAAGAGGAGGAAGAGGAGGAUCAGAUUGUAGGCACCCCUCAGCUCCAUCACAGAAUAGAAGAGCUGGACGACAUCCGGCAUCAGGGCAACUCCAGCCAAGUAAAGGGGGUGUCAUUUGAUCAAGUCAAUAAUCUGCUGAUUGAACCUGCUCGAAUUGAGGAGGAAGAGCAUUCGCUGAUUAUUGUUCGACAGUCUGGUGGGCUUGGUAUCAGCAUUGCUGGGGGAAAAGGAUCUACGCCUUACAAGGGAGACGACGAGGGCAUCUUCAUCUCCAGAGUAUCAGAGGAAGGUCCUGCAGCAAGAGCAGGAGUGAAAGUGGGAGAUAAACUUCUAGAGGUGAACGGAGUAGACCUCCAUGAAGCGGACCAUCACACGGCAGUCGAGGCUCUCCGCAGCUCCGGGGCAACGGUUUCCAUGACGAUACUGCGCGAGCGCAUGGUGGAGCCCGAGAACGCCAUCACCACCACGCCGCUGAGGCCCGAGGACGACUACUUCCCACGGGAGAGGCGGAGCAGCGGCCUCGCCUUCAAUCUGGAGAGCAGUCCUAGCGGACCCCGGCAGAGGUUCUCCACCUGCCUGAUCCGGAACGACAAAGGCCUUGGGUUCAGCAUCGCCGGGGGAAAAGGCUCCACACCGUACCGCACAGGAGACACUGGAAUCUACAUUUCUAGGAUUGCUGAGGGCGGAGCGGCACACAGAGACAGCACGCUGCGAGUCGGCGACAGGGUGAUCUCUAUCAAUGGUGUAGACAUGACAGAGGCCAGGCAUGACCAGGCAGUAGCGCUGCUUACCGGCACCUCCCCCACCAUCGCGCUGCUGGUGGAGCGAGACCUGAGUGCGCCGGGGGGCUCUCCGGGUCAGAACCGGGCGCGGGCCCACUCCCCUCCACCCCCAGAACCUUCCGCCUCUCCAGACCAAGAUGAGGAAGGCCUUCAGGGGAACCACAUGGGGAAGCUGGAGGACGAGUAUCCCAUUGAGGAGGUGACCCUGGUGAAGUCAGGUGGCCCUCUGGGACUGAGCAUCGUUGGAGGCAGUGACCAUGCCAGCCACCCGUUCGGCAUCAAUGAACCUGGGGUCUUUAUCUCAAAGGUGAUUCCUCACGGUUUGGCAUGUCAAAGCGGCCUGCGAGUCGGCGACCGCAUAUUAGAGGUGAACUCCAUCGACCUGCGGCACGCCACGCACCAGGAAGCCGUGCGGGCCCUGCUGGCCAACAAACAGGAGAUCCGCAUGUUGGUGCGGAGGGAUCCUUCGCCUCCGGGGAUGCAGGAGGUUCUGAUCCAAAAGCAGCCUGGCGAGAAGCUCGGGAUUAGCAUCCGCGGAGGAGCAAAAGGUCAUGCUGGAAACCCAUUCGACCCCACAGAUGAGGGCAUCUUUAUCUCUAAGGUGAGUUCGACCGGCGCAGCAGCCAGAGAUGGACGGCUGCAGGUCGGCAUGCGCAUCCUGGAGGUGAACAACUACAGCUUGCUGGGAAUGACCCACACAGAGGCGGUCAGAGUGCUUCGUGCGGUCGGGGACUCUCUGGUCAUGCUGGUGUGCGACGGCUUUGACCCGCAGAAAGUCGCAUCUGUUGAGGCAUCUCCUGGGAUCAUCGCCAACCCGUUUGCAACCGGCAUCGUACGCAAGAACAGUAUGGAGAGCAUCUCCUCCAUAGACCGAGACCUGAGCCCAGAGGAGAUGGAAAUCAUACAGAAGGAGUCUGAGAUGGUCAGAGAGACAUCGCAGUGGGAGCGAGAGGAGAUGGAGAAAGUGGAACGUAUGCGUUUGGAGCGUGAGGAGGCAACUCGCCUGCUAGAAGAGGAGACGGAGAACCUUGGCACUGGACCUUUAAAACUUGACUACAAAACCCUGGCUGCUCUCCCCACCACCAGCCUCCAGAAAGUGAACAGGGCAUCUUCAUCUGAUUACACCAGAACAGACAGCCCAGUCAAGGAAGCACCAUAUUCUCCCACUAUCCAACCGUCCAGCCUCCAUUCCUCCAGCAGCUCCCUGUGUGCAGGCAGGGAGACCCGCUUUGCAAACAUUCAUUUCACUGCCACUCCCACUGCUAAGGACAGCACUUCAUCAUCAACGCGGCCUGGAGCCAUCCAGCCAGUCGGACGCGCGUGGCCCACCGCCUCCCCCGGCACGCCGGAGGGCCGCAGCCCUAACCCCUUUCAGCAUGGCCCCUCCCCGUUCAACUCCUCUCCUCGCGCCCCCUCCCCCUCUUCGCCCGACGAGUUCCCAAUGAAUGUCAAGCAGGCAUACAAGGCGUUCGCCGCCGUGCCUCGCUCGCUGGCAGUGCUGGAGCCGCCGCAGGAUCUGUAUGGUGUGAGGAACAAUUUUCACCCAAAGCAACCUUCACCAGAGCCUGUGCUGAACGACGAGGUGUUUGAUGAUAGAAGUGAAGGUCAGGAAGGAGGUGGUGAGGGUCUGACCAGCAGGGUCUCCCCCCGGCCCUCCCUCUCCUCCGAUCGACGGGACUAUAUGAGCCUGGCUGCCGUGCCGCGCUUCUCUAGAACCUCCGUGGAGCAGCAGAGUCCGUCUUUUGGAGGUAAGAACAGCCCCGAGCAGCGCUCGUUCAGGGACAGACAGAAAUAUUUUGAGAUUGACGUGAAGCAGCAGACGCCAGAGAAACCCAAACCCAGAGUCUCUCUCGUCGGAGAGGAUGACCUCAAGAAAAUGAGGGAGGAGGAAGAGAGGAAGUUUGAGCAGCGAGCGCGGGAGUACCUGAUGGACGAAGAGGAUGAGGACGAGGAAGAAGACCUGGCUAAGCAGGUGGAGCACAUGAAGGCUACAGGAAAGGUUUUGUUAGACGGGGUUGAGUACAAGGUUGAGCCCGUUUCUACCCCGUCUCAGCACUGCUCCACUCCACUGAGCUUCACCGGCAGCUCUGGGCCUUCUUCGGUAGAUGGGAAGGGCGACUCUCAGAGAAAUUCACUGGAGGACAGCUUCAGGUUGGAGCAGAGACCAAACUCCAUGACGGGUCUGGUGUCGUCUUACCCCGGAGAGUCGGCGGCUCCCAUCCGCACGGCCAAGGCGGAGCGCAGACAUCAGGAGAGGCUCCGCAUGCAGAGCCCUGAGCUCUCCGUGGCCCCAGACAAGGACCUGUCCCCUGCAGAGAAACGAGCGCUGGAAGCUGAGAAGAGAGCCAUGUGGCGGGCGGCACGGCCCUAUGGCCUAGAGGAGGAUGUUAGACAGUAUGAGCAGGACCUGGCAAAGAGGCUCUACCAAGCCCGAGUGAGGGCCUCUCAGGGUGCAGCCCCCCAUGCUUCCUCCUCUACCUCCUCCUCUGCAGCCUCCCAGCUCAGAAUGAAGUCUCUGGAACAAGACGCACUGAAAGCUCAGAUGGUCAUUGCCAAAACUCGGGACGGAAAGAAGCGUGGGACACUAGACCAGCUGACGGAAUCCCCGUCGCCGGCUCCGACGCCGUCUCCCACCCCCAUGGAAGAGCUCAGUCCUCGAGCAUUAACCUCUCCAGGCAGGCUGUCCCUGUCAUCAAAGAAGUUUGACUACCGACAGUUUGCCGCCAUUCCUUCUUCCAAACCCGUAUACGACAUUCAGACCCCUGAUGCAGCAGAGGAAGUGCAAUACAUCGACGCCUCCAGUAAUGCUGGGCACGGCCCUGAAGUGGAGGCUCCCAUCCCGCUGCCCGCCACCUCGGCCCUGGAGGAGAUGGCCCUCUACAGCAACAAACGCAAACUGAGGCAGGGCCGCCGCAGCCUGGAAGCCGCUGUGCCGACGUAACACAACCAAAAACAUUAACCCAGAGAGGUCGGCUCUCCAAAUAUAACCACUGCAAAGACUCUGAAGCUUUUAGUCGCCACAUAGAUACUCACCUAUAUCCUGUGUGCCAGUCUUGCCUUUAUAGUCUGUGGGUGAGUCGGCGAACUCCAUACCUGGACGGGACGAGUCGGUGUGGUUAGCUAGGAUUGCAACUUGCAGAUGAAUUAUUUUCUUAAAUCUUCUGUUUGCCUCGUAGAUCAGAUCUAUUUUAACUUGAGGGUGAUCAAAGUUUUUAGUUUUCUUUCUUUUUAUAUAUAUAUAUAUAUCGCUGCACCAUUGUGAUGUCGCUGUUAUGAAAAAAAGCAUAGUGGAAACAGGAAAUGAGAAGAAAUGGGUUAUAGUUUUACUAACUUCAGCGAUUAGAUUGUAAAGUGUCUGUUUUUAAUGAUUUGGGGUGUAAAUAUUAACUGAGGAGGGAACAGCUUGCUACCUUCAUCGUCGCAUAUGGUGGAAAAUCGUUUCUCUUGAAGCACAUAUCGUUUAUUCACUGCCACUGUAUCAUAAUUUAUUAUCAUUUUAGACGAAUCGAAGGCCUUCAUUCUACAUUUUUAAUCCUUUUGAACUCAAGAUGAGUUCCUAAUACUCAUCUGCAUAUCACUACUUAUAUUUACUUUAUAAAAACACUUAAAUUACAGGAGGAAUUGUUGUAAACAUGAUUUAACUGUUUGGAAGAACGCGUCUACUUGCUGGUUUCUCAACCCUGCAGCCUCUGUUCAGACUAACCCUCGUUACAUUCCCCUACAGAGAGGACAACUACACUGGACACAGCAGCAGCAAAUACUCCCCAAUUGAGAGUAUUAAUACUUGGGAUCAUGCAUUUUGUCAUUUAUCAAUGGUACUUACCCUUCUAAGGGUAUUGUGUGUUUUUGAAUUUUUUAUUUUUUUUAAAUCAAUGUGAACCGUUAAUGCUACCCUAGCAUCUUUUGUGUUAUCUGGCAAUUUUUUUUUUUUUUAACCACAGUGAUUUGAAGGUAGCAGGGAGUUUUAUUUUUCCAACUAUGGUUAACUUAAAUCUGAUGCCACUGAAAAAAAAAAUCAUUUAUUGUGUGAAUAAUGUACAAAAACUGUAAGGAAGAAGAGAAAAUAUGGGUUGGAAACUGAGCCUGUCUGGACUGCUGAAGCAUCUGGGUGAGGUUGAGGCUUGGUGUUGGGAUGCUCUCCAUAUAAACUGGGAGAGCUGCAAAACAUUCUGCAGAAUCACAGCAUCGUAGCAUUUUGUUAAUUUAAUCUAGGGUCUAUGAUUACUUUUCCAUGUUGCUCUCACUGACUGAAAUUCAGUUUAUCAUUUGCUGUUUGUUUUUUUCUUAUUUUAUUUGUAGGCAACUACUUUUUUUUUUCCCAGAAGAGUUUCACUACAUUGAUGCCGUGUUUUUAUGUUUUCUGUGUUUCUUAUUUUUGUCUCGAGUUCUUUUUGGGGGUUUUAACUUGCUAACAGGCCAGAGGGUUUGGGGUCAGACGUCCUAGGGUCAAGGGUUAUAGCUCAUAUAAGACUGUAACUAGUGAAUUUGUACAACCAAAGAAGUCUAUUUUGUGGUUCAGGAAUAAUAAAUUUUACUUUUCAUUUAAGAAGCUAA